GAGACAUCAGUAUGGUUCCGCCGUGUGGCACCGACAUGCGAUGGAUACCUUUGGAGGGCCGCUGGCCUCCCAAGUCAAAGGACUUUUGGAGGAUGGGCCGAUGUUUGACUUUGUUUGCGAGAGAUGCUUCGACACGCACGCCCAAGAAGGCGUGGUGACGUUGCCGGCUGUGGCUCCUAUGAUUGAGGGCAUUUUGCAGUCAUUUGGCCGGCCGGUGUCAUCCAGCGAGGUUUUUCAGGUUUGGACCCAGCACUGUGAUCCAGACAUGCACCACAUGUCCCUGGCACACUUCAAGCCAUUUCUGCGAGCUUUGCUCCAAGACAACCUCCGAGAGCUGCAACAGGAGCGUGCCAAGCACUCGGUGACACAAACCCUUCCUGCAACGCCAGCUGUGUUAGCGCCGCCGGCACAGCUACCGCUUCCAACCGCGCCAGCCGCAGUGGCGCCGCCUGCGCCGCCGUCAGCGCCAUCUACGGCUGGCUACAGCGCAGCUUCCGCGAAGACCCGCCUGGAGCCGAAGGUGCAGAGCCCAGUGCGCCCAGAGCGUGGCCCUUCCCGGGGCAGAUCGGCAGAGAGGCCGAAAGAUGGCUCGAAACCCAAGAAGGCAGGCCCAAGCUCAAGCACGAAAUCUGGAGAAGGCAUGCCUUUGUCAGCUCCAUCGGCUCCGUUGGCUCCGCCGGCACCGUUGGUUCCGGCUCCAUCGCCAAUCUCGCAGGAUGCGCUGAGCCAAGCAUACAGGAGCUUGCCAGGCCUGGAACUGCCAGUUGAGGCGGCCAGUCCCUGUGUCGCCGGAGCUUCGAGCAUCUUCUCAACAGCGGCGGCUGCAUUGGAGCAAGCGCAGGCUUGGAGCAAUGCGCUGGGUGAGAAGAUGUUUGUGGAUCCGGACUUCGCGCCGGAGAUCGACCGAAAAGCCAUGCUCUUCCCUGCAGGGGACUUGCCAGCAGAAGCCCUGCAGGGCUGUCCUGGCCAUGAGCAAGUGCUGUGGCAGCGGCCCGGCGAGGCAUGGCCUCGGUUCAGCUUCUGCGGUGAGCUCUCAGAGGUGCGCCUGGGAGUCUUCAGCGACGCCUGGUUCGUCACCGCGCUCUGCUCCUUAUCCAUGUGUGAGGAGCAUCUGCUAGGGCACCCCUCGGGGGAGGAGCCGCUCGGGGUGUUCCCGCGGGUCUUUUGGAACCCGGACUUCCGCCAGAAGGGGAUGUACUGUUUCAGGUUUUUCAAGCACGGGCAGUGGCAGUACGUGGUGGUGGACGACCGGCUGCCUUUCGACCGGAAAUCCAAGGAGCCGCUCUUCUCGCACACGCUGGGCUUAAACCAGGAGCCGCAACUCUGGGUGGCCCUGAUGGAGAAGGCCUAUGCCAAGCUCCAUGGGGCCUACUUUGCCCUCUGGCUGGGCCUUGUGGAUGAUGCCCUCGAGGAUUUGACCUCCUGGCCCAGUGAGAAGCUGCAGCUGUCCAAAUAUGCCAAGAGCGAGUCGCGGGAUGACUUGUGGUGCAACCUCAGCCUGGAGUUGGACACUUGCUCGGUGGUUUGCCUCCGAGCCGACGCGGGGAACGGGAAGGGCGACAUGGUGCAGCUGGACCCACGGAGUAUCGGCCUGGACUCCCACCCGGACGCGGGCCUCUUCUGCACCGGCAUCCACCGGAACUGGGCCUAUCCCUUGCUGGCCCUGCGAGCGGCCGUCUCAGCCGGCGCGGCUGGGGAGCAGCUGGUGCGGCUGCGGUGCUUCGGGGAGGGCUGGCAUGGGCCCUGGGGGGACCAGGACCUUGCCUGGAGCCAGGCUCCGCUGGAACUGCUCCACCAGCUGCAGGUCAGCGUUCCGGCAGAUUUCAUCCCCUCCUGCAGCGCCAGCAAAACUUCCCGCCUCGACGCGGUGCACAGCUCCAUCCUGCGCCCCGUGAUGCCUCUUCAAAGGAGGAGCGAUGAGCAAGCCGAGUGCCACGAUGGGACCUUCUUCAUGCGCUUCGAUGACUGGCUGCAGGUCUUCAGCCACGUGCUCUUGUGGCAGCCCCUGCGGGACUGGAGCUGCCUGCGGGUGCACGGCGCUUGGGCCGCGGAGACCUGCGGGGGGACGCCCAUCCCGGUGAUGCAGCCGGUGCUGGCGACGCUGGAGUCCUGGGCCCGCAACCCCCAGUGCAAGCUCAGGCUGGACACGGAGGGCGAGGUGGAGCUGCGGGUGACGUUGCAUCAAGAAGAUGCGCGCAUCAACGGAAGCGCACCGUUUCCUUUCGAGGAGCAGCUCCGGCAGAUGUUUCUUUGCGUGAUGCUGCUCGAUGAAGCCGAAGACCGACUGCAGGUCUUUGACAAGAAGCGCAUCGUGCGCCGCAACGGGGCGAGCGCGGCGAGCCUCCUCAGCCGGCGCCGGUCUGUGAUGCUGCGGACGGUUCUGCCCAGUCCCGGGACCUAUGUGGUGGUGCCUUCCAUUUGGGAGCCUGAGCUGGCUCAGGAUCAGCAAGUAAAGUUUUUGCUGACGCUGCACUUGCGCUGUGACCCUGAGAAGUUUGUGGUGGACGCGCCGGAGUCAGUGGGGUUCCUCUAUGAGGAGGCCUUUAGGGAACUCUAUCAGCCGCCGGAAGAAGCCGAGGAAGCCCCAGAAGGAGGGGAUGCUGCGGCUCCUUCCCUGGAUGAGAUCAACCUCAACAAGGAGGCGGAUCAGAUCAAGGCGGUCCAAGAGCACGUGGCCGCGGAGCAAGAUCGGCUCGCGCAGCUUCAGGAGAAGCUCCAGACCCAGUUGGGCGGUGCCAAGGAAGGCGACCAGCAGGAGGCGGAGGAGUUGCUGCGGAGAUGGGGCCUGGUGAUGCGGGAGCAGCUGCCCGUGCCGGAGAGCAAGCUGAAGCACAUGGUGGAUCGCGAGGAGCUGGACCGGGAGGGCCUCAUCGCACCGCGAGGCAUGAUGGAGGACAUGGAACGCUUCUAUGACAUCAAGAAGGGCACCGUCCCCCAGCAUGACAACUUGUUGGCCAUCUCCAAGCCGGAGGAGCCCAACCACUUCAAGAUGACGAAGACGGGGCAGCUCCGAGCCGAAGCCAUCAAGGUGAAGGCCACAUUGACGGGGGAGCAGAAGCAAGCCAUCACGGGUGAGCUGGAGGAGAGGCUGAGAAAGCGGCCCCGGAUGCCUGCGGGCCUUAGCGCCGAUCAGAAGGCCAAGAACCGCGAGAUCGUGAAGCGGAUGCAGAUGAAGGUGAACUUUCUGAAGAAUCCGCGGUUUCUUGCAGAUCGGAGCGGGAAGGACAAGGGCGAGCCCUGCCCCUUCUGGUUUACGCCUGGCACGGUGAUGUUCCGCAGCUACGAAGUGGGCGGGCUGUACCAGAUCCAGGUCGAAUUCCGGAAUAUCACGGGCAUCAGCCGGCGAUUGCGGGUGAUGCCCUGCAAGAACCCGGCCUUUUCCAUCAAGGAGCUCCAUUAUGACAAGGAGAUCAACUCCCAACGGCCGGAGCUGGUUGGUUUGGAUCCCCUGGCUGCGGUGGUCGCCCCGGGCAUGGCCGCACACCUCGUGGUGCAGUUUGCGCCGAGCACGCUGAACGACCAGAACGAGUGCCUCACCGUCUGCACGGAGAUCGGGGACUUCGACCUGCAGCUGCUGUCUAGAAGGGAAAAGCCCUACCUAAAGAUCGCGGACCCCGUGGACUGCGGGUGCAUGCUGGCAGGAAACAACAUCACCGAAUUGGUGAGGGUUCAGAACACAGGAGGUGAAGGAGCCUUUAGACUGAUUGUCGACGAGAACGAGCCGCCGGAGGACUACUAUUAUGAGUCCUUUCCCGACUCGGCCCCAACGCUGGUGGUGGGGUCCUUCCGCGUUUCACCCGCGUCCUUCUACAUGGACGCGAACUCCUCGGUGGAGCUGAACGUGCGGUUUGAAGCCGACAAGGUGGGUCACCACCGCUGCCCUUUGUUCGUGGAGGGCAACGACGGGGUGCUGACGCCUCUGACGCUGGUGGCGGUCUGCGACGCCGUGCGCCUGGAGUUGGCCUCGUGGCCGGGGGCCGGGGAUCUGAAGCCCACGCCUUGUGUGGAGGGCACCUCGCCCUGGCAGCUGGUGCCCUGGCAGCUGAACUGGCUCCGUGGCACGCAGGUGGGGCACAAGGAGCUGCGCACCAUUGAGAUCGCCAAUGGCGGUUUCAUGCCCAUGCGCGUGGAUUGGGUCCUGACGCGGCCUCCGAGACAAGUUCUCGCCCGCCUCGCCACGGGCUCCAUUAGCCGCCUCUCAGACCGGGUGAUCAACGAGAUCCCGGACUGGCACACGCACCUGCCGCCAACGCAUUCACAGCCGUCCUGCCCCUUCAAAGUGGAGCCAGCUUCUGUCACCAUCGCGCCCUUCACGCGAAGCAAGUUCACCUUCAGCUUCCACUCCCAUGGGCCGGUGGGCAGCCAGAGCUCGGUCUUCGCGUAUUUGGUGGCGAGGGACCUGCCAGACAGCAAGGCCUGCCUGCUGCAUUACAACAAGCUGCUCGAGAUGCAGGACGAGAUGCGGCCGCAGGAGGGGGAGUACUCCGCUGCUUUGCCACUCUUUGGGAGCAUUGUCAGCUCGGUCUUCGAUAGGAAGAUCAAAGCCACUGGCUCUACCCACCCGCUGGACCUCAAGGUUGCAGAUCCCAAGGACUGCGCGGUGAGCCGGGUGGUCACCGCGGUGUGCCUCCAGGGCCGCUCAGUGGGGCCCACGGUGCAGGUGAUGCCACGCAUGGUGUGCCUCCCCGGGGAUGUGUUGCCCUUUGUGCCCCAGGUGCGGGAGAUCAAGCUGCACAACUCAGGGACCUCUGCCUCCUACUUCCGCGUGCGCCUCACCUCCACGGUGCACGCGGCAGAUGCGCAUUCCAUCGACCCGCUGUGGGUGAUCUCGGUGCCUGAGGUCGGGGUGAAGCCGGCAGAGCCUGAGCCGAACCCCCGCGGAGACCCAGAGCUGGAGGAGCGGCGGCUGCAAGCCGCGCGGCUCGCCAAGAGCUGGCCCCCGCUGCCCCCGGAGCCGGGCCUCGCUGGGGCCUCGCAGAUGCCCGGCUACGGCGCCUUGGCCUCAUGCGCGGUGGAGCCGCAUGAGGGCCGCAUCCCCGCCGGGGGCGUGGUCACCAUUCGGAUGACCCUGCGGGCCGUGCACGAGUGCGAUCUCCAGGGGAAGAUCGUCAUUGACCUGCCGCUGGACGAGCACAGCAGCGAGCCGGCAGCUGCGCCACUCAAGGUGGGCCUGGCGGUGGCGGUGCGCUCGCCGCGGGCAGAGAUCCGCAGCCGGGCGGUGCUGGACUAUGGGGUGGUGCGGGCGCACGCCCGACACACCAUGAAAGUGGAGCUCAGCAACCCCACAGAGAUCCCCAUGCUCUUGCAGCUCCGGCAGUUCAAGGAGGAUACCACGACCCACACGUUUCCGGUGGAGUCGCACAGGGAAGUUGUGAACCUUUUCCUCGAGGCUGUGAACAACAAGUCCCGGGACGGCUUCGCCGCCAUCGACUCCAAUCAGUAUGUGGAGGUGCCGGUUAAGCCAUGGGUGCACUCCAAAAGCGGAUGCCUGGACAAGAGUGGAAGGAGGAAGUUCGGAGGAGACAGGUCGGAAGAUGAUACACCAUAUGAGGUGGGAGUGCCAGAUGAGGAGGACUUCGUGUUCAAUCCCGGCUUUCUCGCAUUAUGGCCUGGCCAGAGCGGCGAGGUGGAAGUGACACUGAGAAGCCGGGGAGUCGGGCAAUACAACGCCCUGCUGGAGGCGGUGGGCUUCAAUUCUUUGCACGCCCAGUGUUUGGAAGUCUUCGCGUCGGUGCAGCUGCCGAUGGUCCGGAUCAACACGCACCAUGCGCACUUCCCAGUGACCUAUCUCAGGACUGCCUCGGAGCCAAAGGAUGUGGAGCUCCGCAAUGAGUCGGAGAUGACAGCCAACUUCAACUGGCAGAUUCCUUUGAAGAUGGAAGGCUGUAUCGAGUGCCAGAUCCACCCCAUGCAGGGCUCCAUUCCUCCCAGAGGGAGCCAGAAGUGCACGAUCAUCGCCGUGCCCACGAAAGAGUCGGAGGAUGGCCCAGCCUGCCUGCCCUGCAACCUCUUCAUCGAAGAGAUCCUGCAACCGCUGGAGCUGCGAGUCACAGCCAUCGUCUACGGCUGCGAGGUGGACUACGCGGUGGUGACCCCCGCCGAACUGCCGCCCCAGAUCCAGCUGAGGCCCCGGCAGCCGGAGGAGUCGCCCUGCGACCCUCUGGGCACCUAUCUCAUCACCACAGGCCGCGCCUCCAGGAAGAUGCCCAUGGUGGACUUUGGGGACCUGCCACUUCAGAGGGCCAAGGAGCUGCAUGUAGUGCUCUACAAUCGCACGGGCAUCGCCACGCCCUUCAGCGCGAAGAUCGAAAAGAACCCGGCCUUCGACCCCUUGGUCAAGGGCAGGAAGAUCGGAGACUACCUGGAUGCAGCCACGCGCAUGUACGCGCUGAUCAACCAGUCAGGCGGGGCGGAGCCCGACGAGGAGACGCUGCGUCAGACCUUCGAAAGCUCCCCGCAGCCCGCCGGCGCCGGCCGGGACGAGACCUUGGACGGCAGCGCCAGGAUCAAAGUGAAGAAGUUGAAGACCACUUUGAACAAGACCAAGAAGAGCAGCAACAAGAAGAAGAGGUGGAUUCUUGAUGACAAACAUGAGCGCCAGGCGUUCCGCAGCAGCAUCGGGGCAGACUUCGCCAAGCAGAAGGAGAUGAAAGAGCAGGGCCGGAUGGCUUUGCGUGCCGGCCGUGGCUUUGCUGUGCGAGUGUCUCCGGCCAGUGACUGGCUCCAGCCCUUCAGCACUGCGGUGAUCUCGCUGACAUGCUUCAGCGACCUUCCGGGGCUGAUGGAAGACGAGCUGGUCCUCACCUUGCGGGAGCUCCCGGGCCACGCGGAUGGCGAGGCGUUCCGCAUCCCGCUGCGCCUGCAGUCGUUUGGGAACCCCUUGUACCUGCCGGACCAGCAGGUAGGCUUGAACACCCUGGCGAUGCCGCCCAGGCUCAGCUGCGGUGUCACAGUGCCGGCGGAGAAGCAACUCAUUCGGCGCUUCAAAGUUGGGAACAAUUCCGCGGCCCGGGUGGUGGUGAAUUGGAAGGUCUUCCCAAAGUCGCAGCUGGAGAACAUGGCGGAAGAUCGGCACAUGAUCCACGUGGCCCUCUGCGGGCGCAACUCUGAGGUGAAGGAUCCUUUCGUGGAGGCUCCCAAGAAGGAGGUGGCAGACAAGGACGUGCUGCAGCUGAACGUAGAAGAGGUGUCAAAGGCUUUGGAUGAUGACGAGGAGCCUGAUCCGGAGGAGCCGUUCAACUUUAGGAUUUGGUCCGAGCAGCCUCCGCAGAUUUUGGAUCCGUUUGCACUUCCCGGCGGCCAAUUGCCCGUGGAGAUUGAACCAGAGGAGGCCAUCGUACCUGAGCACGGCACCGCGACCUUCUCUGUGACCAUGACCUGCUUGAAAGCGACCCUGACAGCUGCGAACAACUACCGCUACACUCUGAUCGGAGAUUGCCGCUUCACCGCGGACCGGGCCCAGCGCCUCGCCUUCGCCGCGGAGAACCCGGACGAGGAGUUCGACGACCACCUGGCCAUGGACGCCUACGUGGCGGUGUCGCAGGAUGAACAGGUGAAGGCUUUGCCGGACAUCGAGCUGGACACGGCGCAGCUGGUGGACGAUGACUCGGACGUGGAGCCGAACAUCCAGGAGCUGAAGGAGCAGCAGCAAGUAGAGGUGCCGCCGCCUGUGGAGGCGGUGAAGAAGCUGAAGCGGUCCAGGUCCCUAGCGCCGCCACCCCAGCCGUUGGCAGUGGAGCCGCAGCUGGACGUGUUGGCCACCAUCGUCAUCGACUGCACCGGGGACUGCGUGCUGCCGCGGCUCACGGUGGACAAGAAAGGGAACCCCACCGUGGAGGAGUUCCCAGCGCAGAACAAGGAGCAGGACGACAUCGGGGACACCACCGAGCCGCCGGUGUUGAAUGCUCCGGUCUUCAAGUUCACUUGGCCUGCCACGCAAGAAGGAGCCCAGUUGGGCACAGGGCCCGUUCACGGCGGCGCUCUUGGGGGGACGCAGGUCCCCGGCAUCUCCUUGUGCCAGGUGCGACAGAUCAGCUUCUCCAACCACAACGCGUCGAAGGUCACCUGCAAGUUCCGCACUGAAGGGCCCUUCCGCAUUCAGCUCAUCCAGCAGCCAGGCCAUCACCCAGUGCAGAACUCCAAGAAGGGCAAAGAGCAGAAUGACAUCAAGCAGCUCUUUGUGCUGCCGAAGUGGGAGACGAUCACGCUGCAUGUGGCCUUCCUUCCAGAACAAGUGCCUGCGUCACAGUGGCACCAUUACCUCACCAGGCAUGAGCACGUGUUCAAGGGGGACCUGAUUGUGGAGUAUCCGCGCGACACAUCCGGUGAGGUCAGUACACACAAGGACGACCUCCAGCGGAUACACCUGGUGGGCACUGCGCGUCGCCCCGCCGUGCGGGUCCAUGCGAUCCCCAAUGAGCACGACCGGCCGGCGCGGUUGGAGCGAGCUGAACGGCCGCCCUGGUCGGAUCCUCUGCCGGUUCUGGUGGAGUUUGGAUACACGCAUAUCACAAGCUCCGUCACCAGAACGAGGACCAUUUUGCUGUCCAACGUCACCAACAUCAUGGCCAGGUGGUCCCUGGCCCACGUGGGCCGAAAGCGGAAGCAGAGCCCAGUGGUGGGCGCCACACUGGUCGAGGAGGAGGACUUCCGUGCGCUGGACGAGCGGGAGGCCUUCGAGUUCGACAUCUCGGCGGGGGAGCUGCCGGGACCCUCCAAGGAUGGCCUGAUCCCCGGCUCCGAGGAGCGAGUUCCCCACUGGUGUGCCAAGACCUCCGCACUGCCUCACGGGCCGCCGUUCCCAGAUGAGGAGCGCUUUGAGCCCCAGAGAAUCAAGAUCUCCUUUAGGCCGAAGAAGAACGAGCUCUACAAGUGCCGGUUCCGGGUGCAGGUGGAGAACGGGCUCACCAUCGACUUCAUUUGCCGGGGCUGCGGGAGCUUCGACGAGGAAGACGACAACUUGGACUUUCACGAGGCGUAG